UUAAUGUUCCGCUCCACACACAACGAGCAUACACACCUACACAUUAGUCUUCAGAAGCAGACAUCUACACAGAACCCAAAUUUAGGCUGCAUUUUCUGUUGAACGAUGACUUCCAGCAGAAGUCCGGCAGGCGACUGUGGAGGAUGCCAUCACCAGUCGGAUCUUCCUCGGGGCAAGAGAAAAAUCUCGCGAAGAGAACGGAGGCGUCACUUGGCCGUGCUCUUCUUACUCAUUAUGGCAUUCAUUGCCGCCACGGAUGGACAAACAACUGCAGCUGCAGGUGGAGACGGAGAAGGAGGCGAAGGCGAAGGCGGAGAUGGUUUGCCAAAUAUGGGGGUUCCGCCGGAUUUUUGGCGCACGGGCUACGAGGGACACGGUACGACGCACGAGCAGGUCGGACAGGUGCACUUUCCUAAGCCUAUCUACACCAAAUUCAAUGGGUUCUUUAACUAUUCCCGGGACUUGUCAUCGACCACAAAAGCUGUUAAUCCCAUUUACAAUUUUACACACUUUAUCUUUGGCACGGUGAUGACCGACGAACCAGCUCUCCCCCCCGGCUACAUCAUGGUGCAGCAGGAGAAGGUCCUGGUACUUGGCAAGAAUGUGGAGAGGAACGAGUGGUCCCUGCUGAUGAGUCGGUACUGGCUGGUGCUUUUCUUUGUGAUAUUCCUUUUGGCCGCGAUCAUUGUCAUACCAUUCAUUGCUGUUUGCUACUGCUGCUUCUGCUGCUGUCUACGGUGCAAGCAGGGCUGUAUCAGGUGCAUGGCGGCCACGGACCGCAGGCGGCGCAUGUGCUGCGGCAUAUGCCUCUUCCUGCUGAUCAUUGGCUUGAUAUUUGGCCUUCUCAUUGCGUUUGUGACGAACAAGUUCUUGCAUCGCGGAUUGCAGGAGUCCAUGGUGACAAUGCGACGUAGCAGCGAGGACACUUGUACAUUUUUGAGGAAUGUCGCUGACCACAUCCACCAUCUGUUAGUGUUCAACUUUCAGGAGCUGGAGAUGCACCUCAUCGAACAGAUAAACGACGCGCAUAAUCACAUCUUCCUGGACCUGGCGGAUGCCUCCGAUAGCAAUGCUUUGAUUGAACUAGAGCGAAUACUGGACAGUAUGCCUCUGGCUCACCCCAAGAUGAAGCAAUUGGAAUAUCUGGAGAAGGAGUUACGCUUCUAUAUGUCCAACCUGAGAGACUCAAUACGAGGCCUCAAAAGAGAUAUGACCUACACGGUAACCCAUUACUGCGGCAAUACCAAGGAGCGUUGUUACAAAACCAUGGCGGAAAAAAGCGUUUUGUAUAUGGAUACGUCAACGUGCCUGCACUUGGACGAGCUUCCAAAUACCACAGUCUAUGUGGAAGCCGUGGAGAUGAUUAUUAAGAAGAGAUACAACCUAAUACCGAAGUUGGCCUUGGUCCGAUUCAAUAAAGUUCGAGAAAAGAUCAAGGAGCAGAUGGAACUCGUUGGUCCGCCGCUUAAGCGAACUAUCGCCACAGGUCACUCGAUCUUCGAUGAUCGCGCCUUAAAAAUACGCAACAUGAUUGAUGCAAUAAUCAGCGAUAUUCACUUGAACACCAUGCGAUCCACAAAGACAUUCGACGACGUCUAUGAAAAGUUUGGAACGGACCGAAGGACUAUUAAUAUCAUAUGUAUCACAUUAAUCUUCAUAAUAAUAGUUUUCCUGUUUACGUCCUUGGUAUGCGGCGUCGGCGGUUAUAGUCGGACUCAUCCUGGACCAAGUGGAUUUUGCAGCAAGGGCAUGGCCGCCUCAUGCCUGCUGAUAGCUAUAAUCCUGAUAUUUUGUGUGUUCUCGUUCAUCACGAUGGUCGGAGUGUUCUACUUCAUGAUCGGGCUGGUUACUUACGAGGGGGCCUGUGCACCGACAACACAAGAUGAGAAGUAUGAACUUUUCCGCCAAUUGGAUGCCGUCAUCGAUAUGAAUCGCUACCUAAGGCCAACGAAUCCGGGCGAUGAGUGGGUGAUGCCACCACUUCAUAUGUCAGAGGCAGUCAGGUCCUGCCGUGCAAAUGAGUCCAUAUUCCAGCUGCUGCGUACGAAUAAUAUCUACGACAUAAACGACUUGGCCAACAUCAUUCUGCUGCCCGAUAUCCCAGAAGAAGCACCCGUCUUCACCGAGGAUUUGACGAAGCUUGAAAUUUUGACGGAAAGCGAAAAGAUCCUACUUAAUAAGGUGCGCAACAGCAACCUCUCGACCUAUCACAGCAUGCUAUACGAUCAGAACCUUUGCUUGAAACUAUCGAACAACGAUUUGGAGGUCUUGGCCAAUGUGUUAUUGGAAGACUUGGCAACGGAUGAAGCAGUCCUAAAAAUAGAUGGUCGAGUUCACAGUAUUCUGCACAAAUACAGUGCAUUGGCCUACCACAAAACCUUCUAUCUGCCAGUGCAACGUGGCAUAAAGAAGGCUCUGAAAGUUGUGAAGGAGAUCGAUACACUCAUUCUUUACCUGAACCAUGACUUUGGCAACUCCAUUGAAAUACUGCUCACGGCGGUAAUUAACGCCGAGAAUUUUGUCAGAAAGCGCGGCGCGGAGUACGUCAACAAUCUGGGCUAUAAUCUCACCAGUGCCAUCAACGAACAGGUGGAGGAGUACAUCAAUAUGGUGAUUACGGAGGCAAACAAUAAAGUGGGCCUGUGUCAGCCCCUCGCCUACAUUUACUAUGAAGGCGUUUACUUCGUUUGUUCCCGUCUAGUGGAUCCCAUAAACGGAUUCUGGUUGGGUUUGCUUCUCUGCUCCAUACUCCUCCUGCCUACACUCGUUGUAUGCCAUCGUCUGAUGUGUUUGUACCUCAAAAUCUAUCCGGCUCCUACGGUCGCUGCUGUAGGUUCCGUCACGGGAAGGUGUCCUACUUGCACAGGUGACCCGUACGUGCCAAUCAUACCGCCUAAGUGCGGCAACAAGCACGAUCCGGAUUGCCGGUGCGCGCCGUGUAGAGGUAUAAAGCAUAAGGCCCCCACGGAAUCCUGCGGCCGCGACCACGAUCCGGCUUGCCAGUGUCCGAUUUGUAAAGGGGCCAAAAAGUCAAAGCGCGGCAGGGGCAGGGGGGGCGCUGCUCCAGAGCAGACUGCACCAAUGCCCGGACCAGUCGCUGAGAUGAUGGUUAUAAGCGAGGCACCGGCCCCGAGCAAGCAUAAGAAGGAUUAG